CUGGUGAUUCUUUGUAGUUUUAUAUUAUCUCGUAUACUAUAGGCAUAUACUCUGCAUCUCGUGCAAUAUACGUGGGUUACGAUAAGCAUGUAAAUCGCUGUCGUAAUAUUUGGGGAUUUUUUGCCAUACAGGACUAAAGAUAUUUCUUUUAAUCUUCUUCAAUUUACUUAACAAGUAGGCCGCAUUGUAGGAACAAGUUGCCUCACGAAAAGUAUUUUAAGUGACAUUGUCGACAAUUACGACUUUUUUACAAUCUAUUUUGUCAUAAGUUGAUAUGAAUACAUUAGAUAUGAAAUCCAUGUUUUUUGCAUUUUUAAUUAUUACGACGUUCUCAGAAGGAAGAUCGCAGGUCAUACCAUUGUUUCUUCAAAACAAAUUCCUAAAUUUUCUCUUCCCUAAGGACCCUGGUUUAGUGAGAGUAAGAAGAAUGGAUCGAGCCGAAGAAAUGAACAAUGGAAAAGUAUUGGAUUUCAUUGGCCUGGUAGAACAAUACGAUUAUCCUGCUGAGGAGCAUAACGUCACAACGGAGGAUGGUUACAAUUUGAAAAUACACAGAAUACCUGGAAGUCUAUUGUUGGAUAACAAAAAAAAGAAGGAAAUUAUAUUCAUGCAACACGGCCUUUUUGCUUCAUCCGAUAGCUGGGUAUUGCGCGGACCUGGUAAAGACCUUGUAUUUUUAUUGGCAGAUCAAGGAUAUGACGUAUGGAUAGGAAACGUGAGAGGAAAUAGUUACUGCAGAUCGCAUGUGAAUAUGACGAUAUACGACCCCAAAUUCUGGCAGUAUAGCUUUCACGAGAUUGGAACAAAAGAUCUGCCAGCUAUGUUCGAUUACAUUUUCAAUUAUACAAAGCAAAAAGAUUUAUACUAUAUCGGCCAUUCAAUGGGGGUUACUGAGCUAUUCACUUUUCUGUCAUCAAAACCGGAAUACAAUAUAAAAAUAAAAAUGGCUAUUUGUCUGGCUCCUGCAGCUUCUGUUUGGGUAAAAAUACUACCUGCCUUUAACGAAUUUGCUAACCUUCUUCCAACAGUGAAGGAAGUUCUACGAGAACAUGAAAUAUACGAUGUUUUCCCACAAUCUUUAGCGAUUGGUACGGCAGGAAGAUUGUUGUGUAAUGACAAUACGUUAACUCAAUUUAUUUGCGUUAUUGCAUUUUUCUCAAUGUUCGGUCCUGAUCCAGCACAACUUAACACUACAAUCCUGCCAGAAAUAUUAUCCUAUGUUCCAGCCGGUAGUUCUGUACAAACAUUAGAGCAUUUUUAUCAAAAUAUACGUGUGAAGGACUUCCGAAACUAUGAUUAUGGGAUAGCUGAAAACUACAAGCGAUACAAACAGAAAACACCUCCAAGUUAUGAUCUCAAAAAGAUUACUGCUCCAAUAAUUUUAUUUUACUCAACAAACGAUGUGGUUAUCUUAGAAGAGAAUGUGUUGGAACUUGGCAAACGCUUACCAAAUGUUCUUUUAACUGAGGAAGUUCCAUUUAAACUUUUCAAUCACGUAGAUUACCUGUGGGCAAUCGACGCAAAAAUUCUUUUGUACGAUCGUGUGUUAGAAUUAUUACAAAAGUUUGAUGCUGGCCAAAAUAAGUUUAUAAAAUAAAUCUAAUCUAAUCGAUGAAUGUAAAUGCAGGAGAGAAACCUUAAUUGGAUAACCUCUCUAUAUAAUUUAAAAUGUUGGUAAAUGUAGAAUUGCUAAAAAAAAAAUCAGUAAAUUACCCAGACAGCCAUGCUUGAUGAUCAGAUUUCAUCACGUCAUGAUCUUCUGAUAUUGAUAGAAAUGUGAUGUAUAUAUGUCUUGUGAUCAUAUUGUGAUGAUACACAUCAUGAGUACAAGUUAACGUAUGUGAGGAAAUAUAUGAGCUCAGAUAUUGACAUUCCUGGUCCAAACCAUGUCCUUACAUAAGUUCUAAGGACAGGUGUCCUAAGGUCAGAAAUAGACAACCUUAGGACACUUGCUCUUAGAACAUGACCUACUAGAUAGUCUUAUGUUGGAAGGACAUAUGACUUUAGGUCUAAAAGCUAUACGACCUAAGGACGUGAAGAUAUGUAUGACUAUAAUAAAAUCAAGUAAAUGUA